UGUGUUUAAAUGUCUCCUUCCAGUCUGAGCUGCUGCAGGUUAUCAGCAGAAUGCUGUCGGUCUUUGACCUCUGCCCUCAGCAGCUCCUCUGAUCUCAAAGAGCUCGACCUGAGCUACAACUACCUGAAGGACCAGGGGGCGGAGCUGCUUUCUGAUUGGCUGAGGAAACCCCAGUGUAGACUGGAGACACUGAGGUUGUCACAUUGCACAGAGAGCAGCUGUGAGUAUCUGGCCUCGGCUCUGGAGUCAAACCCUUCACACCUCAGAGUUCUCGAGCUGAGCUCAAGUCGUCCAGGAGAAAGAGGUCUGAAGCUGCUGACUGAUUUACAGAAGAACAAAUCUAACAGACUAGAGACACUGAGAGUGUGAUGAAGUGAACCAGACCAGAUAAAAGUCACUGGAUCAUUUUCUUCCUUUGGUCCAGACCAAAUGAGCUGAGCUACAGGUGUGAAAGUCACCUUACAUGCAUCCUGAUUCUCCUCUCUCAGGAAUCAAUACUGAAAACUUUUCAAUCAGAAGUCAGAGGGUAUCAGAGACCAGCUGCCAGCUGAGAAGACGAUUGUGGCCGGACAGAUGAACAAUGAGGAGCUGCAGAUUCAGCUGAUCAUUCUCUGCAGGUUCAUCACUUCCAGAGACACACAACACGUCGUCACAUUUCAGGAGCCUUUUCCUAAUUUUCUAUUCACUUGGCACUUAAUAAUAAUGUUGUUUAUAUGUUUGUAUGAGUAUGUGCCGUCUCACAGGUCUGACCUAUAAAUAGGAGGAGUACCAGGAGAGGGCGUGGCGGACUGGGAGCAGACAGCUUUUGACCAUGCUGUUGCUGGCUCCUCUCCCCUUAUGAUUUAUUGAUUAAGUUGAUUUAUGUCUGCUGUUUUUAUUGAACUAAGGCUCCCAAAGAAAAUGUAUGUAACCACUUCAUGGCUGGAAUAAAACUACAUUAUUUUGGAGACUUUUUGAAGAGUCAAGUUCCUCCAGUCAUCACCCACAGGUCUAAAAGUAGCAAAAAUAGGUCUCCGCAACAUCGUUUUCACACUGUUAUUUAAAACAUUGUCAUUAUUAAAAAUAACUAACGUAGUAACUUUGAUUUA